AUGAUCUCACAUUCUACACAAUCAUCAAAACGUUCUAUCCGACUCAAUGUUUACUAUUUAACACCUUAUCGUUCACUUCAUACUAUAUUCAAUUUAGUAACAUUAGGUUUAUUCACUCCUUAUCAUUCAGCUAUUGAAAUUGAAGGUUCUGAAUAUACUUAUUAUGGUCAUCCAUUUCAUUUUAGUGGUGUUAUGUCUAGUACACCAAAUAAAGUUGCUAUGAUGUUAGCUUAUAGUAAAAUCUAUGGACAUACAUUAUUAUCUAAUAUUGAUAUCGAAACAAAAGCACAUGAACUAGCAUUUAUGGGUGUCCAUUAUAAAUUAUUACAUUUCAAUUGUAAUACAUUUGCUGAUGCAUUUCUCUAUGCAUUGACGAAACAUCAUUUACCCGGUUGGAUUACUCGACCAGAACGUUGUCUUAGACGAAUACAUUGUAUGCAUCGAUUAUUCAAUGAAAAUGAAGAUAUUAGUACAAGAAUUGUUAGUGCAUUAUAUAUCAAAUCAACAGGUGAUCAAGCUGCUGUUUUUAAUCUAUUAGGAAUUGUAAAUGAUCAACAUUUAACUACUUUUUAUGAAGUAAUGCUUCAAGAUUAUAUAUCUCAUGGAAGAAUUCCUAAUUUUGAACGUUUAUAUCAAUUAUCUGAUCUUCAAAUCAAAGAUUAUCUAACAUAUAUUCAUAAUCAUUUUCUUUCAACAUUUCCAACAAAACAAUCGAUUACUUUAAAUAAAAUAUUUGAUGAUCUAGCUUCUAUUCAACGUCAAUUAAAUCGAUUUGAAAAAAGAUUAAACAUUUCCUCAAUUGAUGAAAUAAACAAACAAAUUUCAAAUGAAUAA